UCGUCAUUUCUUAACAAAUAAGUCAUUUCUUUUGUGUUAGCCGCUGCUUCUCACCAUUUCUUUUAUGAUUAUGUUCGCAAGAUCUAACGAUUUUGCGUUUGGAACUUGAUUUGAGAUACAGGGCAUUGCAUAUUCUCUGUAUCGAUGGAUCCUCGUCCAAAUACUGCAAAGGUGGGGGAUGAGUUUGCAAGGCAGUACUAUAACACCUUGCAAAACGCCCCGGAGAAUCUCUAUAAGCUUUAUAAAGAUAAGAGUACGAUUUCACGGCCUGGACUAGAUGGAACGAUGCGUGUCUUCACUUUAUCGAAAGAUCUUAAAUGGCGAUCUCCUGGUAGUUUUGAUUCGGUUAAGAUAACCAGCGUCACGUCCCAAGACUCUCUUAAGCAGGGUAUCCUCGUCGUUGUUUAUGGCUACCUCACUUUCAACGAGAGACCUGCAAGGCACUUCACACAAGUUUUCUUUCUUGUUCCCCAAGAAAAAGGCUACAUUGUUUGCACCGACAUGUUCAGGUUUGUUGAUAUACCCGAGGCCAAUGCAGCCAUUCCUCCUGCUAAUGAUGUCAUAGAGGAGAAAGUUCCAGAAACGGAGGGAGCUGCUCUGAGAGUUUCUGAACCAAAUCAUGGUUUUGAUAAUGUUCCCAAGCUAUCUUGUGCUUCUGAGGGUGCAGCCAUUUGCGCUAAAAAACUUCCUCUAGAUGCAACCAUUGCCUUUGUUGAGAAUGCAUUUAAGCAGUUUGGAGAAAUUAGAAGAGGUGGAGUUGAAGUUAGAAUCAACUGGCACUGUACUGGGAAAUAUGCUUAUGUGGAGUUUGAAGAAGCAGAGGCCGCUAACAGGGCAAUAAUGGCGUCUCCUAUAAGUAUUGAUGGGUACAGAACUUACGUGGAGAAGAAGUACGCUUACAAUAAAAGUGCUGAUACUGGAAAUGGGAACAGUCAGGACUCUCAAGCUAUAACUGAAGAUGCACACAUUCGUGUAAAAGACCUUCCUCCAAAUGCAACCGUUGCCUUGGUUGAGAGUGUAUUUAAGCAGUUUGGACCAAUUAAAAAGGGACGAAUUCGAGUUAUAAACCCUGCUAAUUCGAACUAUUGGUAUGCUUUUGUGGAGUUUGAGGAAGCAGAUGCUGCCAAGAGAGCAAUACAGGCGUCUCCUCUAAAUGUUGAUGGCCACACAACUUACGUGGAGCAGAAGCAACCAUACUAUGAAGGUUACUAUGAAAGUCCAUCCGAUGGACCAGGAAACAUAAAGAGAGGCGAGGGAGUGAGAGGAUCACUAGGUAAUCCCAUUUGUAACUGGCAGAAGAUGGAGGAAGUGAGAGGAACAGAUGUUUAUGACUUGCAAAACUGGCAAAAGAUUAUGAAUCAAUCGGAGGAGCAGAUGAAGUUUCAGGAGGAAGAAGGGCGACAAUACAAUCAAAACAGAUAUACAAGCGAGGAAGUGAGAGGAACAGAAGGAGUUGGUCUGGAGGAAGAAGAAGAAGAAGAAGAGAACCAAAACUGGGAGGAACAGAGGAAGAUUCAGGAGGAAGAAGGAACAGAAUCUCACGAAGCGUCCGUUUUCCUUAAACGUCUUCCUCUAGAUGUAACCUUUGCCUUGAUUGAGGAUGCAUUGAAGAAGUUUGGACCAAUUAAUGCCAUUUCAAUUAUAAAAUCUGGUCCGCUCUAUAAAUUUGCUUUUGUGGACUUCGAGAAAGCAGAUGUCGCCAACAGGGCAAUAAUGGCGUCUCCUGUGAGGAUUUGUGAGAAAAACGUUAACGUGCAGAAGAAGCUAAGUGCAGGUGCAGGGAAGCGUUACACAAGACCAACCUGCAGAGACACCUCGGUGCCGCUAGGUGCAGAAUCAGGUCACAGGGAACAGGGAAGUCAAAACAGAUAUGGAAGCGAGCAAGUGAGAGGAACAGAAGCUUUUGACUUUUGGGACUGGCAGUGGCAGAAGUCAAAGGAGGAACAGAGUAAGCUUCAGGAGGAAGAGGGAGAAAUACAAGUUGAUCAUUCUUGGGAGGAGGAACAUAGCAAGGUUCUGGAGGAAGAGAGUAAGCUUCAGGAGGAAGCGGUAGAAACACAAGUUGAUCAUUCUUGGGACUAUGAGCAGAUAAUGGAGGAGCAAGAAGAGGAAGAAUCAAAACAGAACCAGACUAGUUAUAUUGAAGAUAUUGCGGCUUUUUUUUCGGGUGUUUUAUGAUUUUGACUAGCUCCCAUGUAAUUGUAAUGAUAGAAUCAUUGAUUUGUGAUAAAAGAACACGCAGAGAGCCAGAGAUAUUGGUUCUUAAAGUGUGGCAUCAAUGC